GUAAUCCACUGGAUCAGGCACCAUAAAAGGGACGAAUGAAUCUUUGGACAUCAUUGAUCACCUCACUCUGGCCAGACUAAUGAAGCCUCGACACUGUGCUUCUGAAGCACUGUGUAGUUGUUUUAGCACAUAUGCCAGAGCUUCAGCACGGAUUCCUUUAAGCCUGUUUGAAUUGAAGAAUUCUAUCAUUUUAACUCACCUACGCUCUCAAGCUGGUUACCUCAUUUGUCACUCACCUGCCUGCCCAGAGACAAAGGCAGAAGAACAGAGACAGAGAGACAAGUCUGUAGACAGAUACAGUCAGUUUCUUGGACCUGCAGCUAUUAAAGCUAUUUAUAUAGGGUUAAAAUGUCCAGUGGAAACAAGGCUAGAGUGACUAAAUAAGCGGUUCCCAGUUUACCUUAAUUGUUGGAGACUGGAGUAGGAGAAGGAGGAGAAAAGCAGAAGAAGUGAGGAAGAACGUCCUCCUCACACAAGAGGUGGAUGAAAUUGGACUCAGAGAGCAGGCUGACGGUUCUUUGCUCUCUCAGAGUGUUAAAUAAGUAAACAUAAAGGAGGUUAAAUACAGUUUUACUUUGGUCCUUUUCUUUAAAUUUCCAGGUCGUGCUGCAGUGUUUCAUCAAUAAGGUUUAAAAACGUUUGUGUGGGGCAGAAUUUAAGAACAUUUAUCUCAAACCUAUACUGAACAGAUUCUAAGGGAAAACAACUCGGCACUGUCAAAAUAAUGACUUAUGUAACAACUCUGCUUUCUGUUCAGAGCCUGUCAGGUUGGUGGGCCAAGCCAGUCGCUGUGCAGGCAUGCUGGAGGUGAAAGUGGGAAAGUGGAGAACAAUCGAUUAUUUUGACUGGGAUCUGAAGGAGGCACAUGUCGUCUGUGAACAUUUGGGCUGUGGCUCUGCAUUUUCUAUACAGUGGAAAAAUGAGCCCUCUGAGAUUUCUGUGUUGAAAAUUGAGCCUGAUUGUGUUCACUCCGGAUCUGCUCUGAGAGAAUGUGCAAAAUCAUCUUCCUCUUUCCUAACCCUGAAUGUCACCUGCAAAGACCUGCUGGUUCAGCCAAUCAUCUCUGUGUCCUUCAUGAAUGGGGUCUCCAUGGCCCAGCAGCAGGGGCUUCAGGUGUCCAGGGGCUCAAACUUCACCAUCAGCUGCUCCAUCCAGCCACAGUACCCGGGGGGCUCCUUCCAGCUCACCUUCACCUCAUCCAACACGGCGUACAACUACACCCAGCCAGCUCUCAAUCACUCCGCCCACUUCCUGUUUCCUGCUGCAGAGCACACCCACCAAGGAAACUACAGUUGCAUUUAUCACGUCUAUGUUUUUUACCAUGACUUGUCCUCUGAGAGCCCCCUGCUAUCUGUCACUGUGUCAGAUCCCAAACAGUCAGACGUUGUUAAAGUUGUUGUCAUAACACUGGUCGCCCUGCUGGUCAUUGUACUCAUGAUCCUUGGUCUUCAUCUCUACCGUCAGCUCAGCAGACAGUAGAACAGUGAGCUGACUGACCCUACAUGCUCUGUUUGAGCCAUUCGAGGAAGGCCAGGAACAAGUUCAGCCAGCAGAGGAGGACCUCCAAGGAGCUCGAAAGCAUGUUUGGAUGGAACAUGGUCUCAUUUCUACACCAUCUCUUUUGUCCUCCAUCCUUCUGAUUUUGAACCAGAGGUCCGGUCAAAGCUCCAUCCUGAAGAACUGUCAGUUUCUUUGGCAGCUGUAAUCAGCUGGGCUGUGCAGAAAUUUUUGAGGGGGUGGGUGCUCAAAGUCAGGGGCGGAUGUAGAAGGGUGUCAUGGGGUGGCAAGUGCCACCCUAAAAUGAUCUCUUGCACCCCAAGUGCCACCCUAGUUUUGCAUAUGACAGUGUUGUUUAUUAAAAUAAGAUAGCAUUAACAGUUUGAGUGUAGUUACAGUUAACAGUGAAUAUAAAUACUAAAACUGAAUAUGUUGCAUAGUUUUCCUGGCAACACUAUUGCCAGUAAGUUACUGUAAUUACUGAUUUACAGUAUCUUUACUGUUGUGAUGUUUUACAGUUCAACCACUUUACUGUAAACAUGGUUUACAGUUAGAAAGAUUUACCGUGAUUAAGUUUUAUAGUAUCACUGUACUGCAAAUGUGGUUUAUGGUAUAACACUGUAAUUGUGUACAGUAUAAUUUGUUUAGACUGUAAUUGUGUUUUACAGCAUAUAAAAUAAUAUUAACAUUCAUAUUCAAUAUAAGAACAUUUACAAAAAACAAUAUAAUUCAAUAAAGUAGUCUCAGAAUAGUGAAUUAAACCAACAUUUAUUGUUGAUAAAAAAAAUUUAACAAGAAAAAUAUUUUUCAACUGAAUAAAAACAAUUUCAAUAACCAAAAUAAAUAAAAGCGUACAUGAAAACUACACAGUCCUUCACCUUUCUGUGUCUGAUUUUUUUAAGGAAAACAGUUUUUCAUUCCACUAAAAACAGGACAAACCCACCAGCAUGAACAUUAAAAAACUAUUACAAUUGUAAAACAAAAAUCAUUUACAAAAUGUAAGAAUUAUCAGUGGGUCCCAGGAAAUAGAAUGUGACAUGAGAUUUAGAUUUCCGUUACCAGGAUGGUCGGGUUCAGCGUAGUCUUUAUCACCACCUGUCAAAGACACAUCAUCAAUAUUCAUGUUUGCUCAGGUUAUUCACUUGUUCACAUCUGUCUGAGAUCAUUCAUACUGUUGUAUG